AUGGAUAGACUCAGAGAAUUCCGAGCCUCUGGCUACCGGUCCGGUGGCCUUCUGGGCGACGGCCGUGUCGCCAAACUCGGCGCCGCCAUCGCGCCCUACGUGCCUCCGAUCAACUACAUCACCCUCCACUAUGCUUACUUUAUUUUGGCCAGCCUCGUCUUCGGGGCCAUCUUCUGGGGCACCUCAUCGCCGGUCAGCACCCCCAUCGGCUUCGUCGACAGUCUGUUUCUGGCCAUGUCGGCCAUGACCUCGGCCGGCCUGAACACGGUCAACGUCAGCCAGAUGUCGACGGGCCAGCAGGCCGUCUUGGUCAUCCUGAUGCUGCUGGGCAGCCCUGUUCUCAUCUCGGUCCAGACCCUGUGGUUCCGGAGGCACGUCUUCAAGAAGCGCUUCCGCGCCAUUGUCAAGGCCGAGGAGGACCGUAAGAGGAAAGAGACGGCGACGGGUACCGCCAUUGGCGUUGCUGGCGCUCUCACCGGCCUGCUAGUUAUGUCGCAGUUCCGUUCUCCCAAGUCGCGCGAAAAGUCUGGCACGACCCAGAUGCUCUCGGGCCUGGGCAGUCUCAUGGUCCCAAAUGUGGCCGGUGGCCCCUCGUCCUCGGCCUCGGCCGCCCCGCGAAAGGGGGCCGGCGCCCUGUCCUCGCGUUUCUCGGGGCGGCCCGACAGACUAGGGGAGGAACCAGACCUGGAAGCCGGCAUGAGUACGGGCCUCGCACCGCACCCAGCCCACCCUGCAAGCCCUAGUGUGCGGAGUAUCGCAUCCCGAAAGCAGCCCCAUACUCCGGGGCUUGGCCCGCAUCCAACCCCCCCUUCCAGCCCCGGGGCACGCAGUAUUGCAUCCCACGAGCGGCCCCAGACCCCGGGCUUGGGUCUGCAUCAAGCCCCGCCUGCCAGCCCAGGCGCGCGCAGUUUUACAUUCCGCGAGCAAGCCCCAACCCCGGCAGUCGAUGCGCCUUCGACACCACCCUCGAGGCAUGGCACGGGGGGCACUACCUCCCAUGAGCAGCCCCGUACGCCGCCCCUUGGCUCGCGGAGCACGCCCGUCCGUGAACAGUCCCGUACGCCACCACUUGGCUCGCGCCGAUCUCGCUCUCCUAGCCCCGUCGUGAAGAACAUCACCUUUUACGAACAGCUCUCUGCUCCGCGACCCAUUAUUAUUUCGGCUCCGCCCGAGAGCCCCAGCCCGGAGGGUAUCAUCUUUCACGAGCAGCCCCCUACUCCGACUCCGGGACCCGGUGCCAAUCUGGGUCCCUCGACAAGCCCCGUCGCUAGGAAUGUCACUUUCCACGAGCAGCCCCCUACGCCACCACCUGGCUCGCAUCAGGAACCCCCGGCAAGUCCCGGUGCAAGGAGCAUGGCCUUCCAUGAGCAGCCGCCAACCCCUGAGCUCCAUCAUCUAGCCCCCCCACCCAGUUCUGGGGCACGCAGCAUGGACUUCCUCGCACCGCCCCGCCUGACGCCCAGCCACAACCAUAACGGGUUGCUUUCGCCCACAGGCUCCAGCAUAUCGGGCCAGUCAGGCCCCGGCUUCAACAUGCGGACGUUUCUCGAGGAGAAUAAGGAGAACAUUGGGCGCAACGGCCAGUUUUUCAACCUUACACACGAAGACCGCGAGUAUUUGGGCGGCCUCGAGUACCGCGCCCUCGAGGUGCUCAUCGCGACUGUGACCAUCUACUUCUUCCUGUUGCAGCUACUGGGCGCCAUUGCCCUGGGCGCCUGGAUGGCGGUGAACGCCGCCGAUAUCACGGCUGUCAACGCCCAGAACCCGUGGUGGGCCGGUGCCUUCCUCGCCGUUUCGGCCUUUACCAAUGGUGGCAUGACACUGCUCGACAUUGGAUUAAUCGCCUUCCAGUCCGGCUAUUACUUCAUCCUGAUUGUCACGGCUUUUCUCAUGUUCGCCGGCGGCGUCGCCUUUCCUAUAUUCUUGCGUCUUGUUAUGUGGAUUCUCUCGAAGACCAUCAAGUACUGGGCCAACCCCGCUAACUACGGUGUUUGGCACGAGACGUUCCAUUUCAUCCUCCAUUACCCCCGCCGUGUCUAUACCAUGCUGUUCCCCGCCCGCCCGACUUGGCUCCUGGUUGCCAUGCUCUUGGCCCUAACCAUCAUCAACUGGAUUAUGAUUCAUCUGCUCAGCAUCGGCAACCCCACUCUUGACGCCAUACCGACCGGUAUAAGGGUAUUUGAUGCCCUCUUUCAGUCAAUAUCCAUUCUAUCUGGGGGGUUCGCCGUGGUCGCUCCAUCCGGGCUUUAUUUUGGAGUCCAAGUACUCUGGGUAGGCAUCAUGUACUUAUCUGCGUACCCUGGCGCCAUCACCACGCGCAACUCGAACGUAUAUGAGGAAAGAUCUCUCGGCAUCUACGCCGAGGAUGAGACACCUGCCAGUGAUGAGAACGAGGAUGGCGACACCCCAGGCAUGGAGACCAACAACGUUAGGAUCAACGUCCCCAACAACAACUCGAGGCCAGAUCGUGCGCCACAGCGCAACGACCCUGCUCCAGAAGCACUCCAGGUGCCGCUGGCUCAAUAUCGCACAGGCAACUCACAGAUGUCAACCCUAUCCAAACUCACCAGCCGCCGCGAGUUGAAGAAAGCCAUCGAUAUUGGCAAGCAGGGCACGGCCUUUGUUGGGCGGACGAUACAGCGACGUUUGACGGGGUUCAACGGCAUCGGCGCUCCUCCACCGUCACGGCGGCCAGCGGGGACCCGACGCAGUGGUGGCAGCACUUUCAACGGCAAGGAGAUGGGCAGUGGCGGGUCGACCGGUGGCAGCACGAUGUCUCACGUAUCAUACCACGGGAACGAAAAACCAAUGGGGGGGCCGACGGACUUGGUGUCGCACCACGUGCGGUCGCAGCUGUCACACGACGUGUGGUGGAUCGCCUUGGCCCUCUUCAUCAUAACCAUCAUCGAGACAUCACACUCGCUCAGUGACCCAGCCACAUUCAGUGUCUUUAACAUCAUGUUCGAGGUCGUGUCAGGCUACGCUAACAACGGCAUCUCGAUCGGCGUGCCAUGGGCCGCUUUCAGCUUCUCUGGCGCCUGGCAAACUGGCAGCAAGCUCAUCCUAUUCCUCGUCAUGCUCCGCGGACGCCACCGCGGUCUACCUGUCGCUCUUGACCGCGCCGUCCGUCUGCCUGGCUUAGACCUUGACCAAAAGGAGGAAGAAGAUGAAGAGAUCAGGAGGACCCUCAGCAGGGCCACCCAACUUAGCAGGAAUUCGCAUUUAAGUCGGACACAUAGUCGGAAUUCGUGA